AUUUUGGCGGGAAAUCAAACUUUCUGCAUUUGGCGACUAGUGUAGACGGUGCAUGUCGUAUAUUGCAACAACUGUAAUGGAAAUUGAUUUAGAAGUUAUGGAUACUGAUUGCAGUGACGACCGAGGCAACCAUCAAAGUUUGCACUGGUCAAAGUUUCGCACAGCCGUCGAUCAUUGUAUUGAAAAGUGUUUGAAAGUCGAUAUGAAGGUUUUCGCUCGACACUACAACCCGGUGUGGAAAAACAACAAGGAGGCCCUUCAAAAUUUAGUUGAAAGAGUUUUAGGCGAAGCAAAAGACGAACUUAAGAAGAAACUUGAAAGGGCGUUUAUCGACGAGGAUAUACCAAAUUUGUUGUGUCUGAUGGACGAAGUUCUCGAAGAAUCGAAUAAAGCAGAUAGCGACAAGGUUGCAUGGAGGCCAACUGGAGAUCCUGAGGCAGACUCUCGGGCAUAUUUUAUGGCCCUUAAAAAAAGGAAACUACAUGAGCUCGAGGUGGAACUGCAAAAGAUUAAGCAAGAAGAGCGAUCUUUACAAGAGAAAGUCGACGAAAAACGAAAUAAGCUAACAGCUACCGAGGAAGAGAUCAAGAUGGCCUAUAGAAGGAGUCAGACGACGGUUGAUAAAUUGACUGAAUUCCAGUUGAAUAAUGACUCGUUUUUAACGGCGCUUAGUAUGAAGGCAAACAAAGAUGAAAACUUUGUCUCUGAUAACAUCCAAGCAAUGGAUAGCCGGUAGCAAGAUAAAUUAUUUUAUAGUGUGAGAGGGUACAAUUAAAUGCAUUGUUUAAUAAUUUUCAGCGUGAUGUCACCAUUUAUGCUAACAGCAGCAUCAAAACAGAAAUUGGUUUUUUAGUCUUAAAAGAAAGUAUUGUAAAUAUUUAAAAAUGUUUUGAAAUCUGGGUGUGACCAACCGAAGUAAACUGCAGAGGCUGGCUUACCCAGACUGGACGAAUCAAGUUUUUGAUACCCUUGAUCAAGCUAACAAAGACCGGGGAGCUCCAUUGAACCAAAUUUGGAUCAGUUUCCAACUCUGUUUUCUAAAAUGAAUGUCACUCAUCCCUGAAUGUUCCUUCCCUGAGUAUAAGUACAAUGGGGUUCCCUGCCAAUGUCAUUAACAAUGACAACAGUAAGCAGAGCUUUUUUGAUGAGUUCACAACAGUGCACUUGGCCAGUGCUGCUCCUCAGGUGUACUUCUCAAUGGAAGUAAAGAUUAUUGUUAGUUGUUUAAAUUUUAUCAAAAAAAUACCCCAAAAUAAGGAUGACUUUUAAUUCUUGAGAAAUUAUUGUGUCCACCAGAUGCCAGACUCUGCAGAAAAGUUAGAGAAUGUUGUCUGUUAUUUGCUAUAAUGUUUCUGCAAAUUAAUUCCUUGGAGUCUCUAAAAGUUGUUUUUUGUUAAUGUUUUUAAGCUUGAAAUGAAACUCUACAACCUA